AGUGCACCAAAAAGCUUUGGGACCCAUGAUCGGGAGAGUUCCCCGUCUGCACAAACAAUAAGUAAGCGUGUCCGUACACACCAGCAAAUAUGGGUCUCACGCCAAAACAGUGAUGACCAGAGCAGCCAUCCUAUCUCGGAGAUCCUAAGAAUUUUAUCGUUGUGGAUACAGGGAAUGAUCAUAGAGGUUUAAGUGAGAACUGGAACCAUGGAUGGAGAAAAUGGUGUGCGUAUGAAUAUAACUGUAUAUUUAUACUGCGCCAAAAGUGACGUAUACAUUUUCUUUUAUCUUUAUCCUGCCGUGAUUUAGCUCUAUAUAAAGAAUCUGCUUGUCCCUCCAAUGACUCGAGACACCACAGCGCAAAUCUUACAUUUAACCUCAGGCUAACUCAACUCACUCACCUCUGACAAAGAGAGAGCUGGAAGACAGAGAGAUGGUUGGAAGUUUGGUUUUUGUUUUCAUAUUUCUCUUUUCUCUAACAUCAUAUUUAUCCUUAAGAAGGGAGAAGAGAGAACCACAAAGAAGAGCUAAGCUUCCUCCAGGUUCAAUGGGAUGGCCUUUCAUAGGAGAGACUCUUCAACUGUAUUCUCAAGACCCUAAUGUCUUCUUUGCUUCCAAACAAAAAAGGUACGGAGAAAUUUUCAAGACUCAUAUUCUCGGCUGCCCGUGUGUUAUGUUGGCUAGCCCUGAGGCUGCUCGCUUUGUAUUGGUGACACAAUCUCGUUUGUUCAAACCCACGUAUCCAAAGAGCAAAGAACGUUUGAUCGGUCCCUCUGCACUCUUUUAUCACCAGGGAGACUACCAUCUUCGUCUAAGGAAGUUGGUUAAAGGAUCCUUGAGCCUUAAUGCAAUUCGUAACUUGGUUUCACAUAUUGAAACGGCAGCAGUUUCCGCCCUAGACUCGUGGGACGGCGGGCGUGUCAUUAACACGUUUCAGGAAAUGAAAAAGUUCUCGUUUGAAGUAGGUAUACUAGCGAUUUUCGGACAUUUGAAGGACCAUUACAAAGAAGAGCUCAAGAAAAACUACUGCAUACUUGACAAAGGCUACAAUUCGUUUCCUACAAACAUCCCUGGAACUCCUUACAAAAAGGCCUUACUGGCAAGAAAAAGACUAAGUCAAAUAUUGAGUGAUAUUAUUCGUGAAAGGAAGGAGAAUGGAUUAGUUGAAAAGGAUCUCUUGGGUUGUUUGUUGAACUCCAAAAAUGAAAAGGGAGAAGCACUUACUGAUGACAAAAUAGCAGAUAACACAAUCGGAGUGCUUUUUGCUGCUCAAGACACUACAGCUAGUGCACUGACAUGGAUUGUGAAGUACCUCCAUGACAACCCGAAACUUCUAGAGACUGUAAAGGCUGAACAGAAGGCCAUCCAUAAAUUAAAUGAAGAAGGUAAACAACCGUUAAGCUGGUCUCAAACGAGAAAAAUGCCAGUCACUACCAAGGUUAUAUUAGAGAGUUUAAGAAUGGCAAGCAUUAUAUCCUUCACCUUUCGAGAAGCAGUGGCUGAUGUAGAAUACAAAGGGUACCUGAUUCCAAAAGGAUGGAAAGUGAUGCCUUUGUUCAGGAACAUUCAUCACAAUCCAGAAUUUUUUCCUGAUCCUCAAAAAUUUGAUCCUUCAAGAUUUGAGGUUGCGCAAAAACCCAACACAUUUACGCCAUUUGGAAGUGGAGUACAUUCCUGUCCUGGAAAUGAGCUUGCCAAGCUGGAGAUGCUUGUCAUGACCCACCAUUUGGUCUCCAAGUUCAGGUGGGAAGUGAUAGGAUCCAAAAAUGGGAUUCAGUAUGGUCCAUUCCCAAUCCCUCAACAAGGACUUCCUGCUAGAUUUUGGAAAGAAUUUACAAGCCGAAAGGAAUCACGGGUGCCUACCCACUCUAGAUUUUAGUCUCUACCAAUACUCUUCAUUAUUUUUUGCCAAGCAAUUUUCAUUGUAUUAAAGAGGUUAGAUCAUCCCCUUCAAGCAUUUGGGGAUAGAAUUAGAGGAUGAUUGCUUUUCUCCUCUUUUUUAUCUUAUCCCGUUGUCUUAUCUCUUUCACCCGUGCAACGUGCACUUUUGUAACCUCAAUUUGUAUGUGUAAUGUAUAAUAAAAGAAAAGGUUCUAAUGGACCAAGCUAAUGUUAUAACGAGUGUUUCUCGGACAAAGAAUCAAAGAG